GCUGAGUUGCCCUUCGACAAGCAAAGAGCGGUUGAGUGAUUCCAUUGCCAACACUGGCACCUCGCGGUGGACAGCGGGCGCAGGUCCAAGAUGACUCAGCCUUUGUUACUCCCUCUUCGGGGUCCUCCCAGACAGUUCCUGCAGUCCGCCCCGCAGUGCAUUGCGGCCCCUGCUGACCCAUCCCCGUCCGGUUUUGCCGGGCGCGAACCUCGCUUCUCAGGCACUCGCCGCACUCGGAGCCGGGAUCCACUAGGGCGCAGCGCUGGGAGGGGGCGGCCCCGGGAGCCGGGGCGUUACGAAAGCUUAGGGAGCGGACAGCCCCUCCUCGGAGGGGAGGGACCCAGGCCAGGGGCCUUGCUCUCCAGAAGUUGCCCGGCUGGAUCCCAGAACUGAGUUCCGCGCGGCUCUCCGCGCAGUACGCGCCUUCGGGGAUCGGCGGCCGGGUCCGCUCUUUUGCACAGGUGUCCCGAGCGCCCAGCCAUGUCGUCCUGCAGCCGCGUGGCGCUGGUGACCGGCGCCAACAAGGGCGUCGGCUUCGCCAUCACGCGCGACCUGUGCCGGCUCUUCUCCGGGGACGUGGUGCUCACAGCGCGGGACGAGGCGCGGGGCCGGGCCGCCGUGCAGCAGCUGCAGGCCGAGGGCCUGAGCCCGCGCUUCCACCAGCUGGACAUCACGGACCUGCAGAGCAUCCGCGCCCUGCGCGACUUCCUGCGCCGGGAGUACGGGGGCCUCAACGUGCUGGUCAACAACGCGGCCAUCGCCUUCCAGACUGAUGAUCCGACACCUUUCGAUAUCCAAGCGGAGCUGACAGUGAAGACAAACUUCUUUGCCACGAGAAACGUCUGCACCGAGUUGCUGCCGAUCAUGAAACCUCAUGGGCGAGUGGUGAAUAUCAGUAGUUUGCAGGGUUUACAGGCUCUUGAAAACUGCAGCGAAGACCUGCAGGAGAAGUUCCGAUGCGAGACGCUCACGGAGGGGGACCUGGUGGACCUCAUGAACAAGUUCGUGGAAGACACAAAAAACGAGGUGCAUGAGAAGGAAGGCUGGCCCCACUCAGCUUAUGGGGUGUCCAAGCUGGGGGUCACGGUCUUGUCGAGAAUCCUGGCCCGGCGCCUGGAGGAGAAGAGAAAAGCCGACAGGAUUCUGCUGAACGCGUGCUGCCUUGGGUGGGUGGAGGCAGACAUGGCUGGGGACCACAGCUCCAGGACUGUGGAGGAAGGGGCUGAGACCCCCGUCUACCUGGCCCUCCUGCCUCCAGAUGCCACUGAGCCUCAAGGCCAGCUAGUCUGUGACAAAAUUGUGCAGAGCUGGUGAGUGUCCGCUUUGCAGCUUGAUGCUAAAUAAAUGUUGGUGGGAUGACCUAGUGAA